CUGCCUCUCCAGUCUCCCAAUCCCUCUGCUCCACAGCAUCUCUUCGAUCCUCCAGAGCUCUGCCUGCGUUGUUCCAGCCCCGCUCAUGGCCUCUGCCGAGCGCAGCCACCCGCUGGCCAUGGAGGCGAUGAUGGACAUCGACGUCAAGUCCAAGCCCUCGCAGCCUCACUGGUAUGAGCACUACGUCCAGCCCUGCGUGGCCGAGCUGCUGGGCAGUGCACUCUUCGUCUUCGCCGGCUGCCUCUCCGUGGUGGAGGAUACGGCCGUCACGGGGAAGAUGCAGCCCGCCCUGGUGCACGGACUGGCCGCGGGUGUCAUCGUCGCCGCCCUGGGAGACGUCAGUGGAAGCCACUUGAACCCGGCCGUGUCCUUGACCAUGUGGCUGGUUGGCGCGCUGAACAUCACCAUGCUCAUUCCUUACUGCAUCUCCCAGCUCUGUGGAGGGAUGAUUGGAGCCGUCUUGGCAAAGGCGGUGGUGCCGAAUCAGCGUUUUGCGAGUACCUUUGGAGGAGCCUUCAGCAUCAUCAGGAACGACAAUCAGAUCGGCUCCGCCCUCGGGUGCGAGAUCAUCAUAACAACCUUCAUGAUCCUUGUGGCCUUCAUGGGUGCUGUCAAUGAGAAGACCAAGACCACGCUGGUGCCCAUCUGCAUCGCUUUCGUUGUCACAGUGAACGUCCUGGUGGGAGGCACUGUGUCCGGAGCCUGUACGAAUCCUGCCAGAGCCUUCGGGCCGGCUGUGGUAGCGAACUACUGGGACUACCACUGGGUUUACUGGGUUGGACCGGUGAUCGCUGCCCUCCUUGUCAGCGCGUUGGCGAGGCUCCUGCUGGGCGACCGGAACACCCGCCUGAUCCUGAAGUGAUGCUGGGUAUGGGGCCACGUGCAUGCCGUUGGGCAGCCAGAGUGGCUCAGCAUGAAGCCCCCCACUCCUGUUCCUCGCCAUCCCACCUCCCCCCUGUGUCUCCCGGGCAGCCCAUGUUCAAGGGAUGGUUCACUUGUACUGCACGGACAAUGGGGAGCAGCGCAGCCCAACCAGGCACCCCUGUGCUGGCAGCAGGGCUGGGCAGCACCGCUCCCACCCCAGUUCCCAGCGCUCAGCUGGACCCGGCUGCAGGACCAGCUUGCCAGGAGCAUCAUCUGACUGACAACGGCGCCCACAAGAUCGCAGCCUCCCCCACCAUCAGCCAGGCGCAGCAUCCAUCCCGCUAGCGCCGUGCCUGCGGUGCUGGGGAGGACUGUGCCCUCCAGGGUGGGCACUGGUGCCCUGUGCCCGGGGCUCUGGGCUGUGUGGCUGGAUGCUGGGCUGCUCUACAGGAGCCUGUUCCCCUCCCAGGGGUGGACAGUGAGAGCUGCUGGUUCCAAAUGCCCCAUGAGGAACCUGCCAUGAUCCCAACUGAGGUGGCGAGAGGCUGAGUCAAGCAGCUGAGCCUGGACACUCUGCAUCAUCACUCCCCAGCGCUGACACUAAUUGAUAUUGAGCUUCUUCCUGAUCAAUUCCGAUGAUUCAGCCGGCUCCCUCCGCCCCGCACGCACCUGCGGGAGCUCCCUGGCCCCAAACGUGGUGGAGGCGGCUGUGAGGCUCCGUGCCCAACCCCACACCAGCUCCUGUGUUUGUCUCCCAUUUGAGCAUCUCUGCUCUCUCCACCGGCUCCUCCCUCAGCAUCCAGCCCAGAGGGACUGUGACCCCGGCACAGCAGGAUGCUCCUCCAGCUGGUGCCAUGGGUCAGCUCCUGGUCCUUGUGCAAGUCUAGGAUGAUGCCAAGUGGUUCUUGCCUGUGGCCUGCCACGCAGAGGGAUGAUGGGAGCAUGGAGCUCUGGUGACAGUCUGAUUUCUGGGACACC